UUAGUGUAUGAUUUGGAUAUUGGAUCCAAACAGUGUGGACUAAGAUUUCUCAAAUUCAUAACCCAAACGCUACUACUAUCUGCUAGAUUUUCUCAUCGAUCUAAAGUUGAUCGAUUCGCAAAUGCGCAUUGCAGAUUCUGAAUACCUUGCGGAAGAUGAAGUUUCAGUACCUACAAACCCAGUCACAGAGAGCUGCUUUCGCUGGAAUUUUUGUGAUCCUUCUCCCCAAUUUCUUCCCUAAUCUCUUUGAUCCUUUGGGACGUGCUUAUCCUUCAAUGUUUUCGGAAUGGAAUGCUCCAAGUCCUAAGCACAUUCAUUUAUUAGAGGGUGCUUUACAUCAACAAAUUUCAGAGAAACAACAAUCUGAUAUCUGGUCUCCAUUGGCUAACCAAGGGUGGAAGCCUUGUGUAGACUCUGCUACUGUCCCAUUCGAUUCAGAGAAAUCCCAGGGCUAUAUUCAGGUGUUUCUAGAUGGAGGAUUGAACCAGCAAAGAAUGGGGAUUUGUGAUGCAGUUGCUGUUGCUAAAAUCUUAAACGCAACACUGGUAAUCCCACACCUCGAAGUAAAUCCUGUGUGGCAAGAUUCAAGUUCUUUCACGGAUAUAUUUGAUGUUGAUCACUUUAUUGAGGUCUUGAAAAAUGAAGUCUCCAUAGUUAAAGAGGUUCCCAGCAAAUACUCAUGGAGCACAAGGGAGUAUUAUGGCACAGGCAUACGACCUACUAGAAUUAAAACAGCCCCUGUUCAUGCUUCUGCUAAUUGGUAUUUGGAAAAUGUUCUUCCAAUGCUAAAUAGUCAUGGGAUUGCUGCCAUUGCUCCAUUUUCACACCGUUUAGCAUUUGAUAACCUCCCUGAAGAGAUCCAACUUCUUAGAUGUAAAGUCAACUUUGAAGCAUUAGUUUUUGUCCCCCACAUCAGGACACUCGGGGACACCCUUCUUCAACGCCUUCGAACCUCUCCCACUACAAAAACCAAGGGCGAAAAUGGAAAUGGAAAGUUUAUUGUUUUACAUCUCCGCUUUGACAAAGAUAUGGCUGCGCAUUCGGCUUGUGAUUUUGGUGGUGGGAAAGCUGAGAAGUUGGCUCUUGCAAAGUAUAGGCAAGUGAUUUGGCAGGGAAGAGUGGUUAAGACUCAGUUUAGUAAUGAGGAGUUGAGACAUCAGGGAAGAUGUCCAUUGACUCCUGAAGAGAUUGGAUUGGCAUUAAGAGCAUUGGGAUUCAAUAGUGAUACACGCCUCUAUCUUGCAUCCCAUAAGGUUUAUGGUGGUGAAGCGAGGAUCUCUACACUGAGGAAAAUGUUUCCACUUAUGGAGGAUAAAAAAAGCAUUGCCUCUGAGAAAGAACGCGCUCAAGUGGAAGGAAAGGCAUCGUUAUUAGCUGCAGUUGAUUAUUAUGUCAGCAUGCACACAGACAUCUUCAUCUCUGCUUCCCCAGGCAAUAUGCACAAUGCAAUGCUAGGGUAUCGAGCGUACAGGAACAUGAAGACUAUUAGACCCAACAUGGUACUACUGAGUCAGCUUUUUCUAAAUGGAACCAUGGAGUGGUCCGAGUUUCAGCAGGCUGUGGAAAACGGGCAUAAGAACAGACAAGGCCAAAUUAGGGUGAGAAAGGAGACACAAUCCAUAUAUACAUAUCCCAUCCCGGAUUGCAUGUGUCAUUAAUUAAUUCUCUGGUGUAAAUUAACUUAACAUGAAUACAAUGAAAAGAAUUGGAGAUGCAAACUUCACAUUCAAUUUUUCCUCUUA